AUGUCUGGGACCUCUGCUCCUCCUACAAUACAACUCAACGACAUGUCUACCAACCCUCAUGAGAUGACUGAAGCCAAAGACUUCGCUGCCAAUCCAAAGAGCCCAACCGUGGUCUUCCACACUGAUCCUUUCGACAACACCUUGCUAGAGCCGCCCACAAAUACCUUGACUGAAACGAUUUCGGCCACCGACAGUGAAGAUCCUCUCGAAGAUGGUUACCUUACCAGCCGCAGGCGGUCCAUGAGCCACCACUUGGAGAGAACAGACGUUCCCUCGAGAAAAUGGCUUCACAUCCAAGCAAAUUUCUGGAGAGCCUGCAUGCGACUAGGUAUGCUCUUCCACGACUGGGCUCCUCCUAGAGCUCCACGGCCUGCCUUCAAGCAUGAAAUUCCUACCGAUACCAUUCCCAUUCAGCUCUUCUUCUACCUACCUCCGAAUUACGACAACAUUCUUCGAACAGAUCCUCAUUACAGAUUUCCUGCGGUGAUAAAUUUCCAUGGAGGCGGAUUUGUACUCGGGGAUGCGAGCGACGAUCGUUAUUGGGCGAGAGUUGCCAUGGAACGGACGAGUGCAAUCUUCAUCAGUGUCAACUAUCGCAGAGCCCCAGAACACCCAUUUCCCAUACCCGUGGACGACUGCGCAGAAGCUAUCCUAUAUGUGGCAGACCAUGCAACAGAACUCAACAUAGACCCGGGGAACAUUGCAUUGUCCGGAUUUUCCGCUGGUGCUAAUUUGGCCCUGGCUGCACCGUUGAGAAUCCAGUACCACUAUGGCAUCGAUGUUAUCAAUUCCACAAAGACACCGGUAUCCCGUCCCACAACGGCUUCAACUUUCCAAACCGACACAAGCAAUCGUGAAGACAACUUUCCUGAUGCCGGAAAUUUUCUGAGCGCUACGCAGUCGACUGCCAGUCUGCUCCGCGCAAAGACGGCGAGUCCCCUUCGAAUUCGGUCCAUAGUGGCUUGGUAUCCUCUCCUGGACUGGACCAUGUCUCGGUCCCGGAAAAUUCGAGAAUCACGAAACCCUAAAAUGUGUCUGUCCAAAACCUUCACCGAUCUCUUCGACGUCAGCUACCUACCUCCUCCAGAUGUCGCUGGGGACCAUUGUAGCCCAUACGCUUCCCCAGGCCUGGCACGAGACCACAUGAUUCGUGACGGUCUUCCUCAGGAAAUGCAGAUGUGGCUGUGUGAAUGGGACAUGCUCCUCGCUGAGGGACAACAUCUGUCCGACAGAUUCGAACGGUUGGGCAAGAACAUCGACAGCAAGAUGAUUCCACGGGUACCCCACGCCUGGGACAAAUCUGUCAAUCCAUUCCGGGACCAGAAAGCCAUUGACAUGCUGUACACAAAGUCUGCAAUCAAUCUCAACAAGGUUUUCCAGGACAAAGAUGGCAUUGGCUGGGGCAAUUCCAUGAGCUCGCUCCACCCAACAGAUACCAUUAUCGAGAGACAACCCAGAAACAGCAUCAUCUUGCCCUUGUGA